AUGUUUGACGCCGUCGGCUUGUCAAUAGAUGACGACACCAAUAUUGAUUUCUCGGACAAGGAAGCAGACGAGCGCAUUUCAGCGAAGCUGAUUGGGUUCGCCGAUCUUCUGAUUGACAACUUCUUCUUGCCACGCAUCAACGAAGCGAACGCCUCAGCCAUCCCCCGCAUACCUCUCAGCGAUCCAACAAGGCCGGUCCAGUGA